AUGUAUAGUCCUAUACUUAAAAUAGAUACUUCCCUUAAAGAAUGUUGUGGAAGUGUUCCACCAUCUAAAUUACUUCUUCAUCAAAUAUUAUGUCAUUCAAAUUUAAAACAACCACAUUACGUGAUUCCUUAUGAAAUGCCAAAUAAAUCAUUUAAUCAAUCAAUUUCAAUUGCCAUUCUACCGAAAAUUAUUCAAGAAUUAAAAGAAUUUAUAAGUGAUUUAUUUGUAAUGAAUUGUUAUAAAACAUCAAUCAAUACUACUGUAGACAUUUCUAUCAAUUCAAAUGACUUUCAAUCAACAUUACAAAUCUUAUCAGAUGUUUUUGAUGAAUGGAAAAUCUCUAAAACAAAAAAGUCAUUAACAAUUUCUAAAGGACAACUUACAAUAAACUUUUAUGGACCUAAUGAGACACAAUGUAUUUUAUGGGAAUUUUACCAAUCAAUUUCAACAACAGAUCCAAGAAUUGAAAUUCUUCGAUCAAAUUUAGUUGAAAUUUUAGAAACAACUGAAUUAAACAAUCAUAUGGAAUUAAGUUUUUAUCUUGUUUUACACUUUCUAUUUCAUGAAGAAAUGAUAUUAUCUCCAAUGGAAAAGAAAUGUAUUCAUCCUGAAAAUUCAAGUUUUGCUUAUAAAUUUUGUAAUGUAAAUCCUCAAAUAAGAUGGGUAGUAUGUCCUCAAUGUCUUGAAUUAUUCACUAAAAAAUUAAAAAAUACUAAAACUAUUGAAUUAGAUCAUCAUUUUCUAGAAUAUUUCAUUACUUUUAAUUACAAUGAUAAAUCAAUUGAUAUUGCUCAUGGAAAAUCAUUACCAAGAAGAAAAAAAUCAAAUCCUAUUGAAAUUGUUUCUGGAUUUGAUCAAUUUAAUUUAGAAAAUGAUAUUACAACAAAACAAAUUAAACAAAUUAUUGACUCUUUUGCAGUUGAAUUAUAUUCAUUUUAUAAUUCAUUACCAAUUGUUAAAACACAAACAUUAUGUUAUUAUAAUGUCCCAUUUGAUUAUAGACUUCAUGAUUUUAUAAUGAAUUUUGAAGGAUUUAAAAAUUACAAAAUGUUAUAUUCUAUACCAAAGUAUUAUCAUCCUAAAGAAAAAGGAAUUUAUAUUGUUAAAUUUGAUAGAACCAUUGAUAAAAUAAAUGCAAUGAAAGACUUCAAACUAAGUAAAGAACAAGAAAUUAAAUGUGAAGAAUUUAGAAAUGAAAUCUUUGAUUAUCGUGUUAAUUUUUUACAAUAUUUUGAUUCAUCUAAACAAAGCAAUGCAAUGAUAAGAAUGAAAAAUCCAAAACAUCAAAAAGAAUAUGAAUAUCCACUAAAUUAA